AUGGCUCUAAACUCAUCAUUCCUUCCUUUCUUCCAGCACUCCAUACUUUCUUCAACUCAUCCUUUCUUGCUUCCUUGUUUUCUUCCUUCCUACUUUUGUCCUCUCUCUCUUCCUCCCUCAUUCCUUACUUCUCUCUGUUUUAAUUUCUGUCUUUUUUCCUUUUUUCCUCCCUCGCCUCAUGGCAUCCGUCUGCUUUAUCUGCUGAAUGCGGCAUCUUCAAUCAUCUAUUGCCGACUUCUUUCAACAGGCGUUACGGGCCUAAGUGUACAGCCUGCAAGUCAGCUUUGCGACCCACAGAUUUGGUGCGUUUCGCCAGAGACGGACUAUUUCCAUUCCAUCUCGCCUGUUUCGCAUGCUCCGUUUGCACUCGCCAGUUGGCGACCGGAGAACAAUGCUACUUUGCCGAUGAGAAUCAGCAGAUCGUGUGCCAGGCUCAUCUCUGCUCCGAAGCAGCAGGGAACGAUUCUGUGA